AUGUUUGUCUUUACUUCUUUGGGUGGUAAAAUCGAUAAUAGCUUGAACACCGGUUGUGCGCCUCUCAUUUUCCGUUUGCAUGGCCAGAAUUACCACUUUAUUGGCAGUUUGUUGCCGUUAGAUGGUUGCUCGCCAAAAUUUGUCCAAUUGUACAUCUAUGAUACAGAAAACGAAGUGACUAAUAGGUUGGAGUGUGUGAGUAAAGAGGAUAAACAACCUGAUUCUCGACGUAUUGAUGAGAUCAUUUCUGCUGAAAUACCUGAUGCCCAAGAUGAUCCAUACUAUUAUGCGAAUGUCAGAGAAUUUAUGGUUCAUGGUCCUUGUGGUAUUGUUAGAAAAUCAUCUCCGUGUAUGGCUAACGGAAGAUGUACGAAAUACUUCCCUAAGAAGUAUAUUGCAGAAACCAAUUUUGAUGAUGAUGGUUAUCCUAUUUACAGACGUAGAGAUAAUGGCCGUGUUAUCUUGAAGGAUGGGGUGCCUUUAGAUAAUCGAUUUGUAGUUCCACAUAAUCGUUUUCUUCUUAUGAAGUAUGGAGGACAUAUUAAUGUGGAAUGGUGCAAUCAAUCGCGAUCAAUCAAAUACAUAUCGUCCUGUGAAGCCGCUUGGAGAAUAUUUGGAUAUGACAUUCAAUAUAAGGAUCCGGCUGUUGAAAGAUUGAGUUUUCAUCUACCAACUGAACAAUAUGUGGUUUUUGAAGAUUCUGAACCAUUGGAGCGUGUCAUGAAUCGCAAUUCAGCUCGUGAAAGCCAGUUUUUGGCUUGGAUGGAAGCAAAUAAGAAAUAUGUGGAAGGAAGAGAUCUCACUUAUGCAGAAUUCCCAACGAAGUUUGUAUGGAACACUGAUCAUUGGAAACUUAGAAAACGAAGGUAUUCUAUCGGAAGAAUGUUCUAUGUUCCUCCUGGUUCCGGUGAUAUGUAUUACUUGAGAUGUUUACUGAAUGUCGUUCGUGGUGCUACAUCUUAUGAAGAUAUUAAGUGUGUUAAUGGUAUUCAGUAUGCUACAUUUCGAGAUGCUUGCUAUGCAUUGGGGUUGUUGGACGAUGAUAAAGAAUACAUUGAUGGCAUUACCGAGGCUUCUUUUUGGGCUUCGGCUCAUUCAAUACGAUUGUUGUUUGUAAGUUUGUUACUAUCAGAAACCCUUGCACAGCCAGAUAUUGUGUGGACAAGCUGUUGGAAAUAUUUAUGCGAAGAUGUUGUCCAUAAACAACACAAAAUCUUACAUCAUCCAGAUUUGUUGUUGGGGCACGAUGAGAUUCAAAAUUUAGGAUUGCUUGAGAUUGAGAAAUUGUUAGUUAACGGUGGAAGAACUUUGCAUGAAUUUCAUUCGAUGCCAUAUCCAAGGACACAAUCGUUGGAAAGUUCAAAUAAUAGAUUGAUUACUGAUGAGCUAUGUUAUGACCGGAAAGCCUUGGCAAGAAAGCAUUUAAUCUUUGUCUCGAAGUUUACUGAUGAACAACACCAAGUGUAUGAUACGAUAAUGUCUGCUGUCAAUUCUAAUCACGGUGGACUAUUUUUUGUUUAUGGGUAUGGAGGCACAGGAAAAACUUUCAUUUGGAAGACAUUGUCAGCGACUAUUCGUUCAAAAGGUUAUAUUGUUUUGAACGUGGCUUUCAGUGGUAUUGCUUCGCUAUUGUUACCUGGUGGGAGAACAGUUCAUUCUUGGUUUAAGAUUCCUAUCAAUCCUAAUGAAGAUUCAAUCUGCAAUAUAAAACAAGCUCCUAUGGUUCACAAACACUGUGUGGAAGCUGUUGAUCGGAGUUUGAGUGACCUUACGAGAGUAUGCAAUGAGUUGAGCAUGGAGGUGCCAUUUGGUGGGAAAACUGUUGUUUUGGGGGGUGAUUUUAGACAGAUUUUACCAGUUGUGCCUAAAGUGAGGUUGACUAAAAAUUUGCGAGUUCUUGGUAUUAAAUCUGGUGAGGAAGCAUCGAAAUUGAAGGCAUUUUCUAAGUGGAUUGCAUCUAUUGGAGAUGGAGUUAUUGGUGGUCCAAAUGAUGGUGAAGUCAGUGUUGAUCUUCCUACUGAUAUUGUAUUGCUCGAUAGUGGUGAUCCUCUACAGAACAUUGUUACAUCUAUUUAUCCUUCAUAUAUGAACAAUCAAGAUUUGAACUGCCAUUUGCAUGAUCGAGCUAUACUUGCUCCAACGUUAGAUGUGGUUGACUUGGUUAAUCAAUAUAUGAUUUCCUUGGAUCAAUCGGACGGUCGUGUUUAUUUGAGCUCAGACAGCAUAUCUAAGUCUGAUCAAAGUUCUAAUGGUUUCGCGGAGAUACAUGCGGUAGAAUUUUUGAAUAAUCUUAAGUGCUCUGGUGCACCAAAUCAUGAGUUGUUGUUGAAGGUUGGUACUCCUAUUAUGCUAUUAAGAAACAUAGAUCAUGCUAACGGAUUGUGUAAUGGGACACGAUUGAUCAUUACGCGUUUAGGUGAUCAUGUUUUAGAAGCUAAAGUCUUGAGUGCUGAUAAUCAAGGUCAUAAAGUGUUGAUUCCUCGGAUGUCAUUAACACCUUCUGAUCCUAGGUUGCCUUUCAAGUUUCAACGUCGACAAUUUCCUUUGUCGGUGUCGUAUGCUAUGACAAUUAACAAGAGCCAAGUCUUUGUUUCUUUCGUCUUCGGGGUCAGGAGAAAUGAGCUGGCAGUAAAAGGAACCAUAACAUUUGAUGCAAACAGCACUAUCACAAUUUCUCCUGUGAACCUCUAG